UAAUUAUGUUGGUCUCCAACUUACACAUUCUGCAGAGGGUAGUACGGAGUAGGGAUUCGGCAAAUGUCGUGAGCUUGUAUGAAGGUUCCGAGUGAUUCUAAGUUGAUCGAUUGACUCUCUGUUUGGAUGUGGGACUCUUUAGUAUCGCUGAACCGCCCUCAUGGGGCAUCCCACAGCAUAUAGAUACACAUCUGCCCAAUACAUUCGUUGUGUCUCAUGAUUUAGAAACUCUACCUGAUUUAUCCCAGCACCUGCCACUGGCUUCUUCAGAAAAUGCCUUCUUGGACUCAUCUUAUUCGUUUUGUUGCCGUUGAAGACAAUCAGUCGCACAUCGGACAGUUAGUAGAUCCAAGUCGCGAUGUCGGAUUAGACACCUUGGAGGGGCGCGAGGUGAAAGCAUACGAGAUUGUCGGCACCAUUUUCGACGGAGAGGUUACCGAAAACAUUUUCACCGUGAAAUUCCUACAAUCACCUGUUGAACGAGAGAGUUGCAACUAUAUCAGAUGUCUCGGUCUGAAUUAUAAAGAUCAUGCACAGGAGGGUGGUUUCGCUAUUCCGAAGGUUCCUAUUCUCUUCACGAAGCCGCGUUCCGCAUUGAUCGGGCCUUACCCAGCCACAGUCAACAUCCCCAAAUGCGCGCAGGACGGCACUAGCGAUUAUGAAUCAGAGCUCUGCCUUGUAAUCGGCAAGACUGGUCGGGAUAUCUCAGAAGAAGAUGCCUUAGACUAUGUUCUAGGCUAUACUGCUUCGAACGAUGUGUCAGCAAGGACUAUGCAGAUGAUCACAGCUCAAUGGAGUAUGUCAAAGGGCUUGGAUAGUAGCUGUCCCAUUGGCCCUGUCCUGGUUGCCACUUCUGUCAUUCCAGAUCCACAGACUCUGCAAAUCAAGGGCAGCUAUAAUGGAACAACUGUACAAGACGGACACACUAGCGACAUGAUCUUCAACAUCCGCCAACAAAUCUCCUACCUCUCUAAAGGAACGACACUCGAGGCAGGAACAAUCUUCUUGACGGGCACUCCAGCCGGAAUCGGCUACUUUCGUAAGCCAGCUGUGGUGCUUGAAGAUGGUAGCCAGUUUUCUGUCUAUAUUGAAAAGAUCGGGACAUUAGUUAAUAAAAUACGCUACGAGUAGAAGAGCUAUAGCCGGAUUUGAGCCGUUCACUUACACGGGUCCGUGUUAGAGAGGAAAAUUUUCUACGUUUAGGUAUGUGCACGGCACUUUUUAGAAUACUAGGUUUAUGUCGAUGGUUGCCAAUUACACAUUUGAGUCGGAGGAAGAAAGUGACACUAAAUUACAC